AUGAGCACUGCGACCACCAAAACGCGAUCGAGAAGUCCUCCUUCUCGUCCUCGGUACCGUCGUCGUCGUAAAAGUCGUGCAUUCGUCGUCCAAAUACUCUGCCUCCUCCUCCUCUCUCUUUCCCUCCUUCGAGUGUGCGAUGCGAAGCACAACGAGUGGGUCGCCCCGGACGGAGAUGUCGUCGUCGUCACCGAAGAAGAAGAAGAAGAAGAAGAAAACGCUUCGUUUAAGAACGCGAAGGAAAAGAGUCGUUACGACGAUCUCUCGACGCUUUCGCAACUCUUCGACUGGGCGAUCGAGAAUUCCGACCGAGACAAGCUGAGAGCGAUGGCAAAGGCGAUGAAAACGAGAGAAGAAGAAGAAGAAGAAGAUGAGACUGGUGAUGAAGGAAACGAGAGAAGGAAUUGGCGCUCGGAGGAACUUCUCGAAAAAGCGAAAAACGUGCGCGCAAUGCUGGAUCAAAUGGCCAUGCACCCGUCCGAGGUGGAGAUUUUGAAAGAAAUCACGGAGAAGUUCACGGAUGGAAGCGUAGACGUCCGCGAAAGAGUGCGCGCGUUGGAACGUUUGGACGAAAUGGUGGCGCAAAUCGACCUGGCGUUUGAUUUUCACACGAUACUCGGAUUGAAGCCACUGUUGAUGGUGGUGGAGAACGAGAGCGAGGUGAACGAGGUGAGAGCGCAGGCGUGUCAAGUGUUCGCGACGUUGACGAGUAACUACGAGAAGAUUCAGGAAAUCGCGGCGGAUGAGUUUAACGCGGUGUCGGUGCUUUUGAACGCGACUUCGUUGGCGUUUGAGAAGAAGGACGAAACGGUCGCGAAGAAGUGUUUGUUUGCGUUGACGUCGUUGACGAGGAACGUGAAACGAUUGAGGAGCGAAUACUUGUUCAACGGCGACGACGUGAUGCGAGGGAAGUUGAGCCACGCGAAGUAUUUAUUCAAGAGCUCGCUGAUGGCGCCGAAAUCAGUCAUCGGCGACGCCGUGUGGACGAGGACGGCGAAUUUUUUAAGCGACAUCGUGAUUAACGCGAAACACAGAGAUUAUAACAACGACGAAGAGACGCAGUUGAUGGCGAAUUUGUUUAAAGACGAUUGGACGGCGAUAGAGAAGGCGGCGAUACAGGUGAAAUUACGCUUUAACUCGCCAAACGCGAGCGAACGAGAGGCGAGCGCGAACUUGGCGUUGGCGAUGAUCGAUAGCAAAGACGACGCGUUUAGAAACGCGUUCAAGUCGAUUGAUUUUGAAAUAGAUUUGAUAUCGUACGAUGGGAAAUACCCAAACGAUUCAAACGAGUUCAAACAUCUGGUGAGAGAUAUUCAACGCGCGUUUAAGAAAAAUACCCACGAAGAGUUAUAA